UCUCUCAACAAAAUACACUAUUUAUUUCAUUUCCGAACCCAACAAAAUCAAACUCCAUCGCCUCUCCACACUUUUCUGGCUUCUAGAGAGAGAAACAGGGGUGAAAAAGAGCAAGAAAUGGUGGAUGAUUUCAUGGUGUGUGUGGACAGGAUAAUAGCCUCAGCUGCGUGCUUCCAAGAGCCGUCUUCUUCGGCGGCGGAGAGAGAGAGCGAGGCGCAGGUUAGCAGUGUGAAAGGGAAGGGGAGUUUGAGGGAGUGCAAGAUUUGCCAGGAGGAAGAUGAGGAGAAGGAUAUGGAAGCUCCCUGUGCUUGCAAUGGAACCCUCAAGUUUGCUCACAGGAAAUGCAUUCAGAGAUGGUGCAACAAGAAAGGGGAUAUCACUUGUGAAAUAUGCAAUCAGGUCUUUUCUCCGAAUUAUAGCUGUCCGCCUCCAAGAACGAAUGCUGAUGUCUUAGCUAUCGAUAUCAGACAAGCUUGGGGUCCUCACAUAGAUCUCCGAGACCCUCGACUAUUGGCUUUUGCAGCAGCUGAGCGCCAGUUUCUGCAGUCAGAUUACGAUGAUUAUGCCAUAGCCAACAGCGGGACUCUUACCUGUUUCCGAUCAGUAGCUAUCGUCCUGAUGAUGCUCUUGCUCAUCCGCCAAACUCUUAUGAUCACGAGAGACUUUGGAGUUCUUCGCGAAUCAUCAGUUUUCGUCCAUUAUCAGAUUUCGGUUCUUCAGCUUGCUGGUUUUCUUCUCCCGUGCUAUGUUGUUGGCCGUUCAUGGUACCUUGUACAAUGCCGAAGGAGAAGGCAGGGCUGACAGCAGGCGGCGCUGGUGGAUGGACUGAGGUGAAAUGAUCUGGUUCGGGCAUGACUGUCUUUCUCGUUGAAUGAUCGAGGAUUGAACGAGUUUCUAACGCGACAGAUUGAUCGGAGAUUAAGGUUUACUCCGAUGAUUUUCUGUGAUUUCUACCUGGUGACUCAGAAGCAAGUGUAAAUUUGAUUAUUUUGAGUUCACUUAGGUGCUUUUGCGGAAUUAUUGUUCAAAAAUUUGAGGUUUUGUUAUCACAAGUUGAAAUGAAAUUGCAAAUCUUAA